AUGCGUCUUCCUUCUGCUGACGAACUUGAACAACUUGAAGAUAUUGAAAAGCAAUGGGCUGUAAAAGCCAUGCACCAUGCCGAGACUUAUUUCAAGUUGAUCUCUACUGUUGAUCCUCGUCAGCUUCGUUUAACAAGUAUUGACGAUGAGAUCCUUCAAGAUUUUGAAACCACCUUUCCAGAGAUCAAUCUUGUUCAUUUAGACGAAGAGCAUUUCAAGACACCUGCAGCCAAAGAAAAGUGGAGAAACUUUAUGAAUAAAUAUGAAAAGAGAGUCAAGGAAUUCAACUUUGGAUCAUUGAUUCGUAUUGAUUGCAGAGAAGAUUAUACAGAGCAAAAUACCAUGUUUGGCGUGCGUAUGCAGUUUUAUGCUAUUGAAAUUGCAAGAAAUAAAAAAGGCUUAAAUGACUGUUUACGUAAAAAAUAA